ACGUGCGGUGGUUUCGAAUCCCGCAGCUCCGCCCUCGCCGGGGUGUGUGUAUGUGUGCCUGUGUGGAUGGUGCGGGGUGGGGAGGACUCAGAGCGCACGGGACGCUGGACAGACAGACAGACGGACAGACGGGCCGGCCGGACAGACAGGCGGUCCGGAUCGCUCCCGCUCCGGCUCCGAGCGGCUCGGGGUGUCCGGCCUUCCUCGCUGCCCCCGGGCAGCCCCGCGCUCGGCUCCCGCAGGCCGGAUGCCCCCGCCGCCGCCCGCACCGCACACCAUGGCCCGGAGAACCCGUCUCUACUUCCUGGUUGAAAUUAUAGGCAGAGGCCAGAAAAUUAUCUCCUGAUACAUCAAAGAGCUCAACCAUCGGAUUCUUUUACAGCAGAUAGCUCAAGUCGAUGAAACUACAGCUCAGAGGAAGCUAGGAUUUCAGGAGACAGGUCCUCUGAAACACCCGGAGAAGAGCCAUGAAGCACUAGAGCUUCUUCCACAACAACACUUUCAAGAUGGCAGCUCAACGGAUCCGUGCUGCCAACUCGAAUGGUCUCCCACGAUGCAAGUCCGAGGGAACCCUGAUUGACCUCAGUGAUGGGUUUUCGGAGACCAGCUUUAACGAUGUCAAAGUGCCUUCUCCAAGUGCCUUCCUUGUAGACAAUCCCACGCCUUUUGGGAAUGCGAAAGAAGUGAUAGCAAUCAAAGACUACUGCCCAACUAACUUUACCACCUUAAAGUUCUCCAAGGGAGACCACUUGUAUGUCUUGGACACGUCAGGAGGUGAAUGGUGGUACGCACACAAUACCACAGAAAUGGGUUAUAUCCCUUCCUCCUACGUGCAGCCUAUAAACUACCGGAACUCUACACUCAGUGACAGCGGGAUGAUCGACAAUCUGCUCGACAGCCCAGAUGAGGGAGUGAAGGAGCUGGAUUUACUUGGCGAAUGGAUGGAUGAUGAUAAGAAAGGUUCGGGGAAAGCAAAUAAUAACCCUUUCUGGACUGGGUUCCAAACAAAUCCAUUUCUGAAUGGGAACUUACCAAUUAAGCCCAGCCUGGAUGAGUUAGUCCCCAAAUCCACAGUUGAUUUGCUCCUUUUUGACCCGGCGGCUGCUUCUUUUACUGGCUCCAGUUCCGCCACCACCAACAGCACCGGGAACAUUUUUGACGAGCUGCCGUCUACCAACCGAGGCGAUCUGGAGCAGCCCAUCAAGUGGGACAAUCCCUUCUUCCGAAGCAAGCGCUCGUACAGUCUGUCCGAGCUGUCCGUCCUUCAAGCCAGGUCAGAGACGCCGACGUCAUCGGGAUUUUUCAGCGGGUUGAAAUCGCCCACCCCGGAGCAGUUCCAGAGCCGGGAAGACUUUCGAACCGCCUGGUUGAACCACAGGAAGCUAGCCCGGUCUUGCCACGAUUUAGAUCUGCUUGGCCAGAACCCCGGCUGGGGUCAGACCCAACCAGUGGAGACCAACAUUGUGUGCAAGCUAGAUAGUUCCGGAGGGGCGGUUCAGCUUCCGGAUACACACAUCAGCAUCCAUGUGCCCCAGGGACACGUGGCUCCGGGAGAAACCCAGCAGAUUUCCAUGAAGGCCCUGUUAGACCCUCCUCUGGAACUCAAUAGCGACAAGUCCAGUACCAUCGGGCCAGUCCUGGAGGUGAAAUUGAGCAACAUGGAAGUGAAGUCUUUCAUCACUUUGGAGAUGAAAGUGUCUGCCGAGAUCAGAAAUGACCUCGUUAGUAAAAGCACAGUGGGGCUGCACUGCCUACGCAGUGACACCAAGGAAGGUCCGUAUACGCCUAUUCCCCUGCCGUAUAGCUACGGCGACACAGUACAGGUUCAGCUAGAAAAUCUUGAGCCUUGUAUGUACGUUGCCAUUGUCGCCCAAGGGCAGAACAUUCUCUAUCCCUCCACUGUUUGGGACUACAUUCAUAAGAAAAUCACUGUGGGGGUGUACGGCCCCAAGCACAUCCAUCCUUCUUUUAAAACGGUUGUGACUAUUUUUGGGCACGAAUGUGCUCCAAAGACUUUGAUGGUCAGUGAGGUCACCCGGCAGGUCCACAGCCCAGCCCCUGUGGCCUUGCAGCUGUGGGGCAAGCACCAGUUCGUCCUGUCCAGGCCGCAGGAUCUUAAAAUCUGCAUGUUCUCCAACAUGACAAAUUACGAGGUCAGAGCCAGCGAGCAAGCCAAAAUUGUCCGAGGAUUCCAGAUGAAGUUGGGCAGGGUGAGCCGCCUGAUCUUUCCCAUCAUGUCCCAUGAUCCCAACGAGCUCUCGGACUUCACCCUGAGGGUCCAGGUCAAAGAUGACAGCGAGGCCAUCCUGACCCAAUUCUGCGUCCAGACCCCACUGCCCCCGCCGAAGAGUGCCAUCAAACCGUCGGGGCAGAGGCGAUUUCUCAAAAAGAAUGAGGUUGGAAAGAUCAUCCUCUCCCCCUUGGCUGCCACCACCAAGUACCCUACCUUCCAGGAGCGCCCGGUGGCUAGUCUGAAGUUUGGCAAGCUUCUGAAGACGGUGGUCAGGCAAAACAAAAACCACUACCUUCUGGAAUACAAGAAGGGAGAUGUCGUCGCCCUGCUGAGCGAGGAGAAGAUCAAGUUGAAAGGUCAACUCUGGACCAAGGAGUGGUACAUUGGCUAUUACCAAGGUAAAAUAGGUCUUGUCCACACCAAAAACGUACUAGUGGUGGGCAAAAUCCGACCAAGCUAUUUUUCUGGACCGGAUCUCACCACCAGUGGGUUGUUGGAGCAGAUUCUGAGGCCGUGCAAGUUUCUGACCUACAUCUACGCAUCGGUUCGGACCUUGCUCAUGGAGAACAUUAGCAGCUGGCGGGUGUUCGCGGAUGCUCUGGGCUAUGCCAACCUGCCCCUCACCUUUUUCUGCCGGGCAGAGUUGGACAGUGAACCAGAAAGGGUGGCCUCUGUCCUAGAAAAGCUCAAGGAGGAUUGUAACAACACCGAAAAUAAAGACAGAAAGUCCUUUCAGAAGGAACUGAUGAUGGCCCUGCUGAAAAUGGACUGCCAGGGACUAGUGGUUAGACUCAUUCAAGAUUUUGUCCUGCUGACCACAGCAGUGGAGGUAGCCCAGCGUUGGAGGGAGCUGGCCGAGAAACUAGCCAAGGUCUCCAAACAACAGAUGGAUGCCUAUGAGUCUCCCCAUCGGGACAAGAACGGCAUGGUGGAUAGUGAGGCAAUGUGGAAACCAGCAUAUGACUUUUUACUGACGUGGAGCAAUCAGAUUGGGGACAGCUAUCGGGAUGUCAUCCAAGAGCUUCACUUAGGGCUGGACAAGAUGAAAAACCCUAUCACAAAGCGCUGGAAGCAUCUCACUGGAACCCUCAUUCUAGUAAACUCCCUGGAUAUACUAAGGGCUGCUGCCUUUAGUCCUGUGGUCCAUGAAGACUUUGCCAUCUGACCCAGAACACAUUUCACUACUCCCUCUGUGGGACCGAUUCUAAGACCAAGAUGGAGUUGUUGCGGGAAACGGGGUUAGAGGCUUUUCACACUCAUUCGCCUCCUCAGACUGUUAUUUGGGGGUCUACGACUCAGCACGCCACAAUUCCUCUCUACUUCCUGCAUCCCUUCUCCCCCUUGAUCUAGGGAAAAUCCUGAACAGGUUUUCUACUGUACAGUUGUUGCCAAUCAAACUGCUUUUUAUUUGUAAAGUAUAAAAAUAAAAACUGCAUUUUGUAGGAGUUUGGAAAAAAAAGAGAGGUAAUAUCUAGUUUUUUACAGGCAGUAAAGGAAAAAAGCCACUUGUGCAUGGCAGAAAUGAUAUUUUUAUGUUGUGUAGAUCCCUCUUUCACUAUUCUCUAAAACGUUCCCUCAUUGCCUUCAGUCAUAUAAAUAUGUGUCUAUAGGAAAGCACAGUGUGGUAUUAUGGCAGGAAGCAGUAGGUUGUGGCAUGACCAUUUUUUCAUAAGUCAGAGCAUUAUCAGACAGAACAUCUGAAGAAAGCAACUGAUUCUUUGCGAGACACCUUUCAUAUCUCAUGCCCUUUCUGGUUUGUUAUGUUGGAAUUUUCUUCUUUAACGGGUUUUUAAAAUGAGUCCUUUGACUGCACCUGUAUGAGUUAUUUGGCUGGGUUAUGACUGGUUGGCAUCCAGGCAUAAUCCAAAUGUGGUAAGUGUUCCUGUGGUUGUCCCAUGAAAUAGUAAAGAAUAAUGUCCCUCAGUGGGGUAUCUUCCCCACUUGGAAGCCCUAUCUUAUAUUUGUGAGACCAGUAAUGAAAGAAAGACAAGUACCAUUUCACAGUAGCAUUCAUGGAUUUCCCAGAGAAUGAAGUAGUCAAAAAUGUCUUUCCAGGCCAGGCACGUGACUUGCUCACUAAAAAGCACAGCUUUGUCCAUGAGUGGUCAAAUCAGGGAACUGCUUCUCUCUUUCUCUCUCCCUGGACUUUGUAAGCACCCAUAGACCAACCAGAGUGAAAUUCGCCACAUUCCCUGUUUGUUACAGAUCAAUGCAUGGGAUAUGAUUCAGGCAGUGAAAAAUGGACCUGGCUGACAAUGUUGGUCCUUUAAAUUCUCAAUAGAUGAGAUGAGGAAGAGACUAUGUUCUAAGUACUUUUAAGAUAGUUUUUAAAUGUUAAAGCUUUACUGGCUGCUUACCUCUAAUCAAAAAUGUAAAUAGUCAGUGCAGUGCCAUUCAGCUGAAAUCAUAACAUCUGUGGAGCUCUCAUCUCAUUUGUUUCAUGUCUUGGUUUCAUUUGGAAUUUCAUCUUUCUAUUCCACUCUCCUCACCUGCCAUGUCUCCUUGAAAUACUUCACAUGGAACUUAUCCUUGCACAAUAGAAAUCUGAGAAUUUUGAGUGAAAUGUCACAUUUUAACACAAUUAAAAUGAUCUGCAUCAAAUUGAAACUUGGUGCAACAUUGCAUUUAGAGAGCGACUUUGAAGAUGUGAGCUGUAGUGUUUGUCGUUUGGGUUUUAGAGGGAGGUUGGCCUACAGGAUGAAGGCUGCCUGAAGGCUCUGUCACCCUCUCGUCUGGCUGAUUAAGGAUAAAUCAAGGCCCAGAGAUCAGGAAACUGCACAAUUUGCCCCUGAAAUGUGAAGUUGGGGACAGGUUCCCACUCUCUGCAGUUUGUAAGCACUCAAACCCACUGGAGUGAAGUUUGCCAAAUCUCUAUUGCUCGUGGAACAAUACAUGGAAUAUGAUUCUAGCAGUGAAGAAUCAACACUGCUGAUCUUGAGUCAAAUUACCAUCUAAGGACAUAUGGGCAAAGAUGGUUUAGAUUGUCCAAGAUGAAAUUUACCCUUUGGGCAACCAAGUGACUUAUUUGAUAUCUCCUCUUAGCUUGCUAGUAUCCUUGAAGAUCUGUGGUCAGGGUGAACAUCAGGUCUAUCCUAAAUGAUCAGAUAGUGGGAGAAAUCAGUCUACACCUGAUACAAGUGGUAUUGUAUUUUCCCAAGCAUUUAGUAUAGUGCUCUGCACACAAUAAGCACUUAAUAAGUAUUGACUGAAUGAAAGUGGUGAUUCUACCCGCAGAGAAUUGAGUGUCCAAGUAGGUGAAAGUCAUUCUCUCCAUAUAUCAAGCAGAACAUACUGCUAGAAAAGACGAUCCUUCUCCAACACAGACUUCAUCCCUCAGCUCCCCAUCAAAGAAAAAGCAGUUGCACCUUAAAUACAGAUAUGUUUUUUUUCCUCAGGGGCUUAAAGUCAUUUCCUAUGCAACUUAACCUUGUAGCACAAUUGGAGUUCUAAGAAAGUUGCAGUGAAUUUUUUUUUCAGGAUUUCAAACUGCAAAGAGUAUGUGUACUUUCUAUACCCAACCCAAAUAGAGAAUAAUUCUGUUGAAACUUUCUGUACACAAAAGGCAUCCAUAGUCUUGUAGGAAAUGAUUUGCCCCCCAAAUAAUGCUUCCAGAUACCACUCUGAAGAAUUUGGUAAGGAAGUCUUCUUUCUGGUGUAAAGAGUCAUGUUCCUUUGAAGAUAUAAGCCAUAUAGCCUCAUAUGACAGUUUCAGAGCUUGUGUUCUACAUAAUGGAUUCUACUGAGAAAUUGGUUGCCGUGGAUUAGAUUGAUAAUGUGAGCUUUGGUGGCAUUAGAACAUUGGGAAUAAUUGGAGUUCAUUUUUCCAAAAAACACCUAACAUAAACAUAAUCCCUGCCUUUGGGGUGAAAAAGAUCAAUUUUUGCAUGUUUGAUUUUUUGAUGUUGUUGUUCCCUUUUCUUAACUACCUCAGGUACUAUAUACUUGGCUGAAAAACUGAAGGCAUUCUUUACACUAGAAAGCCAGAUUUCUCUUUGCAAUCUUAUUUUUCAAUUUUUGUCGUAAUGACAUUAAGAUGCCACUUGGAGGUUUUGGGGGUGGGAGAUGGGUGAUUACUAGGGGAUAUAUUUCCUUUCUCCUCUCUGCACAUUGAGCUGUUUUCCAACCGUAAUAUCUAGAUGUAUGUUCUUUCUCCAAUGAACCCCCUUCUCCUUUUUUCUCUUUCCUCCCCAGAACUGUGUCAGGCCCAGCUAGAGAAGCACAGUCAGAACUUUACAGUAAUGCAGUAUGUACAGUUAUGGAUUAUUAUUGUGCUUAGCAUUUAAUGUUUUUUAAUGCCAUUGAGGUCGGGGGUGGGGAGGGGAAUCAUUCUUAUUAAAAUUGAUUGAACACUCCA